AUGUCAACAGAGUUACUGAACAUAUCAUUCCGUCUGAUGACGGAUAGAACCUUUUGCCUUUCGAUGAAGUCGUCCUUGUUAAUAAGUGACGUGAAAGUAUUGAUCCAGACGGACUCGGAAAUAGCCCCCGAAAACCAGAGACUGAUUUUCAAAGGGCAACUACUGAAGGACGAGUUUACACUCAAAAGCUACGGGGUGGAGUCAGGAAACACCAUUCACGUGGUAGGAAGGCCAAUUAGACCCCAAGAGACCGAGCCGUCAGGAGAUAACGCACAACAGUCGACGGGCAACGAUCGCGGCUCAGGAGAAGGAUCAGAAGUAGUUGUAGAUGGUCAGAUAUCAACCUCAGGCUCCAGAGGGAUCGGGGUGCCAGUGGGUCUGUUCAUGAGUCCAAUCUACGCAACAAUAUCAGUAUCCACGCCAGUGUCCAACGGGAGAGACAACUCGAUGGAGCAAGUGGCAACACAGUUCUUCUCAGGAGUAGUCAACACGCUGUUGUCGUCAUUCAACGGGACAUCGACGGGGCAGAGCUCGCAAAGAGGUACAGCCCAAGCGGAGCAGCCGCGAGACGAGCUGGUGUCGGAGCUGGAAAAGUCUACAGGAAUUUUGAAGAGGGUUACUUCGACCGUGAGUUCACUGAGCAGACUUGCAUCGUCAUCGAUGUCCUCCGGCAGCAGCGCUAACAACGACUCAAGGACGGCACCAGAAACUACGACGACUGGCGACUCUGUAAACGUAGCCUCUGAAAACGCCGAAAAUGCAGCGGACAUAUUCAAUAGCAGAGAAGCAUCAGCUUCUGACAAAGUGGAAACCGCUGCCGAAAGAAACGCAGUACAAAGUGGCAUUUCACGCAAAUCCUCACUCCGCAACAAAAAAAACGACUCACAGUCUCGUAGUAAGCCCAAUUUAGUGGAAGUCAUCGAUAGGAGUAGUUCAUAUAGCUCCUCUAACGGCUUAGUGCUGGACCGUGGAGUUAGCAGUAGGUCAAGUAGGUUCAAACUGGAAAGGAGGUCGAACAGCGCUCCAGAGGGAUAUGACGGAUACGCCGCAUCCCUAAAACGCGGUAGUUCGAAUCCGUCUAGAUCUGAAGAAAUGAAAUACGAAGACUACGUAUACGACAAUCCAUCGAUUAACCAAACUAAAAAGGAGGACAAGGGCGAAGAGAGUGACGCGUUUGAAGCAAGAAGAGGAAAAGUGCGCCUAAUGGACCCGGAGUUGGUAACGUCGAAGCUGCCUUGGGACUGCCUGUACAAGCUGGAGCAGCACGUGUACGAAAUGAACUACGGGUACAAGGUGGACUACUCAGACUCAGUGAGCUACUCAAGGAACGGGGCGAGCGGAGGCACAGCCUCCAGAGGAGGAACCUUCAUAAGAAGGCCCUCAUUCACAAGAAUUGAAAUGUCAUCGCCGUGUUACCUGGCAGACGAGCCGGUCUCGUUUAACAUGUCUAGGAGCUCCUCGGAGGGCUCGGAGCACCAGAGAAGACUUAUCGAGUCAGACGAGCCCUCGAGUCUCGACGAGUUCCUGGGAAGACUGGAGUCCCUCAACGCAAGACUCAACGAGACGAUCAACAGGUACGACUCGGGCGACAGGACGACGCAGCUGGACACCUACAAGCACCUCUCCAUGGUAAUGGCAAUUCAGUCGAGAAUCUACGCCUCGAUGUGCGCAAUAUUCUCCUGGAUGCACAUGCAGAUGAUCGCUCCCGAUUUGGCAAGGAACUUCUCGAGCAGAAUGGGCUGGAACGGCUCGGCCUCGGGCGCGCAGCUGACUCAGAGCGGCCCCCAGAACGAUCAGGGCGGCUUCUCCUUCACCGCAUGCAGCACCUACGUGCCGAGGGACCAUGAGAACAGCGCCCAGAACACACACUCCUCAGAAAACAGCGAGGAGCCUAGGGAGAAUUCAUCAGCAGACGGGGCAACCGCAACGCCCAGCGCUGGCGCGGAGAGGCAGGGCACGCCGUUUGGACAAGACCAGGCGGGCACUGGCAGCCAUAACGCCUGA